UAAAAUAUUCAAUUGUUCUCAGCGAGAUGCAAUUUGUAACAAAGAAAGUCACUAUUGUUAGAAAAAGCACGCCUCUUGAAAAUCUGUUUUUAAAUCCCGCAUCCUGCAUUGCACGUCUAUUCACUGAAAUUGCGUGUUAUGUGGCCAACAUUCCAGCAAGCGCUAAUCGAAACAUUGCAAACUCAUCUCCGAUUUAUAUUAACUCUCCAUCUACAUACUGGGUCGUUUUUGACCAGUAAUUUUAAAUAAUUUUUCAUUUCUUACAUAUUUCUGUAUAAGUUUUGCUUUACUUAAAAAAAUGAAGGUCUCAUUUUUAUUUUAGGGAUCAAAAAAUUAUUGACUAUUUUGUGUAAUUUUGCUGUUUUCGAUGUAUAGAUUCCGAAAAUGCAUGUUUUAAAGUGAAGAAUUCACUGGUUCAAAAGUUAUAACCGCGAUUAUAUAAACAAGUCUGAAAACAUCUAACAUAUAACAUGGAGCAAUAGAAAUUAUUGGAUGAUAUUCUAGAAAGUUGGAAAAGUAUUUAAAAAUUUUUUGGGGUCUUUUUUAAACACAAAAGUCUAAAAAAAAGGUGCAUGGACUUAAAUGAUCUAGUAUGCAGACGACGUCAUAAAAAUAAGGUUGCAAACACAGGAUUGAGGUUAAGAAUAAGAAUAUUAUAAAAGCUAGCAUAACAUUGGUAUAACAUUGAUAAUAGAUUGAAUUUAAAUUUGCGUUGCAGGAGGGAUAAAAUAUUUGCAAAUUAGGAACGUAAAAGUUUAUAUAAAAGCUUAUUAAAUAUUUAACGCCUAAAAAGAAUAAAAUCAUUAUUAUGGUAGCCCACGUUAUGUGUUUAACCUCUACUGGAGGAAUUCCUUUAUUUUCUCGCCAGAAAGGGGAAGGAGAUACGAUGACAUUUUCUAAAAUAGCAUCUCUAUAUGGGAUACAUAUGUUUCUCAAAUCACAAAACAUUAAACUUUUAAAUACAAAUUUACCUGAUACUACGAUAAUGUGGAAAGAAUUUGAACAAAGUAUUACAUUAAUAGUUAUUGCAAGUGGAACUACCAAAUCUGUAUUGGAUAAAUUCUUAAAUGCAGUUUUUGGUGCAAUGAUCUUGUUUGUUGGUAUCGAGGAAUUAAAAAAUACCAAGAACAUAGAAAAGCUGAAGAAAGAUAUGCGUUUGUGCAGUCCAAUUGUUGAUAGUUUAUUGCAAUGUCUUGAUGUUGGUGAUGGAAUUUGUUCAAAAACUGAUAUUAUCAAUAUGACAGAAUGUAUAAUGUGCCAAGAAAAUAAUUUGUUUCAGACAUGCUUAGAGGGUUAUAUGGAAUGUUUGGAUUCUAUAUAUGGAUGUAUCUUAGUACAUGGAUGUUUAGCAGUAGCUACAGAAGGAUGGUGGAAUUUAAGUCCCAUUGAAAGAAAAUUAUUAAUAACAGCUGUUAAUACAGAAGAUACUUAUAGCACGCGAGACAUUCCAGUAUUUUUACCUUAUAAAAGUCCAAAUGUAGCUUUUAGAUUAGUAUCCAUUACAUUGAUCAAUCAAGUCGAAGUAUUAGCCUUAUGUGGACCCAAUCCGAGUUUAUCAGAGAUUGAAAGAUUUGCCAUACAAUGUUGGAAAAAUAGUAUUGAUGCUUUACACAAUGCAGAACAGUGUUAUCCACGUAACUUACCUACAUCUGUAAAUUUGGAUUCAGAGACACUUGGGUUUCUGUUAGCAAAUUAUAAGGUACAAAAGUUUAUACUUGGUAAGAAUAUGCAGUAUGCAAAAAAUAGAGUCAGUGGUUCACAUAGAUUGGACAUAUUAAGAACAUUUUAUCAUCAAGCUGUAGAGACAUAUAUAUUAUCUUCAGAAUCUGAAUGUGAAACAACAGGUGAUAAUUGGAAAUUUGUUGGUGUAAAAGAAACUUACCUAUGUUCAGAGUACCAUAAAUGUUAUGCAGUUAAACAUGGAGACCAUAUACUUUGCAUUUUAUGUGCCUCCACAGUUCCUACUCAUACAGUAAGAUUGGUUUGUCAAAAAAUAUUGAAAACAUUGCUCAUUGAUAAACAAGGGUGCUGGUAAAAAUUUAACACAUUGAUCUCUUUUUGCAAUAUCAUCCCAUUUUACUUCUAUUGUAAAAUUUACAUUCACCCACCUUAUAUAUGUCCUGAUACUAUGUUUUUAUUAGAUAUAAAGAAUAUAUAUUGUGAACAUAAAAAAUAUAUAAUAAUCAUUUGUAAAUUAGGAUUUAUGGAAAAUUAAACAUAUUUCAUUAAAUGUUAAAUCAUUUUA